UUCCCGAUAAGCCCGGUUAUUUGCUCAAAUGGGGAAGAAGCAAACCAACUCUCUCACUCUCUCUCUCUCCUCCUUCACUUCUUCCUCUUCACUGUUCAUCACUUCAACCACCUAACCCUUUAAAAACCCAACUUUUCUUUUUUCAGUUUUCAGUUUUUGAACCUCUCCCUCCACUCCACAUCAAUUUCCCACUUUCCAUUUCCAUUUUUUUUUUCUGGGUUAUUUUCUUACCCGCCAAACACACCAACAACCCUAACACGCUCACUCCCUCCUCCCAACCCAUCUCCAAUUCUAAGCUCACAAGCACACGUGUAGCUUCUGCAGCCAGGAGUUGUGUGUAAAAAAAACCUGGUUCUUUGUUUAGAUCUGUGAGCUUUGGAUGCUCAAAUCUCAAGUGCUUAUGAAUCUGCAGACAAAAGAAUCACACUGCUCUACGUUUGUUUGGCUGUACUUGUAAGUUGUAACAAUCAGAGCUUUUGACACCUGUACCAAAUCAAAACCCACACAACAUUGUUCAAGGGCUGAGAGGCUGAGAGAGGCUGAGACUCUGAAGACUAAAUUGUGCAGGCUUUGGUUUGCUGCUUGCUUUUGAAAGCACUCUGCAAAACUGCAAAAAGCUUUAGACGGGAGAGAGAGAAAGAAGAGAGAGAGAGAGCCCCCUGACUUGGACCGUGAUAUAUCACCAGCGUAAAAAAGGCCUUUUUAUCACAACACAGCCAAAGUACCCUCUCUGAAUUAUCGUCAUCAAUGCAUAGGACACAGCAACCCCACCUGCACUCCUCUCAUCACACCACCACAUCCUCUUUCUCUCUCUAAAAUACUACUUACUCAGUCUCCCAAAUUCAACCCCUCUUCUCUCUCUCUCUCUCUCUCUCUCUCUCUCGCUCUAUAGAUAUUACUAGAGAGCAGCUGGUGGUUGCAAAGCAAAAAAAAAAAAAAAAAAAAAAAACAAGAAAGUCCCCAAAUUGAAUGAGUCUUUGUUUGAGAAAGGCAUGAAAGUACUGAUAUGGAGGUGGAGGAGAUUCAAGCCCAAGCCUGUAAGUUCCCAAGAAUUGGAAAUGGCAGCAGCAGAGCCACUAACCCAGCUGCCGACGACGAAGAUCAAGACCCAUCGUGCCUAGACCUCAAGAGGGCUGCCACUGCGGACGCCGGCAACCGCCUCCGCGGGUGGCACCACUCCCGCAUCAUCCGCGUCUCGAGGGCCUCCGGCGGCAAAGAUCGGCACAGCAAGGUGUGGACUUCAAAGGGGCUCAGAGACCGGAGGGUACGGUUGUCUGUAACCACAGCCAUUCAGUUCUAUGAUCUUCAAGAUCGGCUGGGUUACGACCAACCCAGCAAAGCAGUGGAGUGGCUGAUCAAAGCUGCCGCUGACGCCAUAGCUGAGCUUCCAUCUCUCAACAAUUCCUUCCCUGACACUCCCAAGCAGCUCAGCGAUGAGAAGAGGGCGAGUUGCGAGCAUGGGUUUGAUUCAGCUGAGGUUGAGCUCGAGGGGCACGGCCAUGGCGACCCCAAUUAUCAUCACCAUCACAACCAGAACCAGAACCAGACUCAGAACCAAAGCCAGCACCUUUCUCUGUCCAAAUCUGCUUGUUCUAGUAAUUCCGAGACCAGCAAGGGAUCCGGGCUGUCUCUCUCCCGGUCCGAGAUUCGUGUGAACCGGGUCAAGGCCCGGGAGCGUGCCCGGGAGAGAGCAGCCAAGGAUAAGGAGAAGGAGAGCAACGAGUCAGCUUCACACAUUGCUCACCACCACCAGCAAAACAGCAGCAACUUGAACAACUCCAUUUCUCAAAGCGCUUCGUUCACCGAGCUUCUCACUGGUGGCAUCGGUACCAACAGCAGCAACAACAACAACAGUCCAACCGCAGCUGCUCAUCAGCAGCAGAACCACGGCGGCGGCGGCGAGCCCAUUUUGUUCCACAAGGCAACAGCGGCAGGAGGAGGGGGACCGAUGGAUUACUUCAGUUCCGGACUUCUCGGGCUGUCCUCGUCGACCCGAACCCACCACUCGUCCGGGUUCUCGGGUCAAAUCCAGUUGGGGAUGAACUCCAUUCCGCAGACAAUGUCGGUUGUGUCCCCGUUCAGCGUGUCCGGGGAUCAUCAUCACAACCACAACCCGGAGCUUCAGCAUUUCUCGUUUGUUCCCGACCACCUCAUCCCCGUUACGACGUCGUCGCAGCCGGGCAAUGGCGGCGACUACAAUCUCAACUUUUCGAUCUCUUCUUCCGGCGGCCUUGCUGGUUUCAAUAGGGGGACCCUUCAGUCCAAUUCUUCCUCAUCACCGUCUCUUUUGCCUCACCACCUUCAGAGGUUUUCUCCCAUAGACGGAUCAUCCAAUGUACCCUUCUUCAUCGGAGCCGCGGCGGCUCCAACCAUGGAGAACCACCAUCAUCACCACCACCACCACCAUCAGCAGCACCAACAGCAGUUCCCAGCUGGGUUUGAUCGCCGCUUGCAACAUCCCUACGGCGACGGAAGCCGGCAUUCAGACCACAAGGGAAAGGCAAAGAACUGAUCUUGAUCAUGAUCAGUCAUUGGCAGCCCAUCUAAGCUUCUUUCUGGAAAGUGAAGCUAAAGAAGCAGUGGCCAGCUGUGAGUGAAGUGAAUGCAUGCAUGCUUCCCCCGCAUCGGAUGAUACUUAUUAUUAUCCUUCUGAAAUUGUUGGUAUUUCUGCUUUAACCAUUUUGAAGUCAUGCAGCUUCAAUUUGCUAUAUUCGAUCGGAUAUGUAUUUAUUUGUCUAGCUAUGUGUGCAAAAGCAUUCUCUGUUUUGAAUGAUGUAACUGACAAUUCGAUUGCAGUUAUUCUUUUCUCUUCAUUUGUUUCCUUUCUACAAGUGUUUUUUAUUGUCUAUCUAUUCAAUUAUUUAAGUGAAGAGACCGUGUGACUAUUUGGCA